AGCAGCAGCAUCCGUAUCCAUAGCCGUUCCUCCGCGACAUGGACUGAGAGCACGGCAUGUUCUCAACAUUUAUAAGUUUACAGGUAUCCUAGCUCCGGAACCUGCUUCCCUUCAUACUUUUCGCGUGAACGAUGGAGCACGACGUCCUCGACCGUUCCGGCAGCAAGCUGGCGUCCAUCCUGCUCUUCGCCGACGUCCAAAACAGCGCCCAACUCACGCAAAUGGCCGUCGACGGAGCCAUCUCGGCCUGCGUCGUUCGCGCUUCCCUGAUCGUCGACCUUUUCCAGCUGCAAUGCGCCGUGCAGAAGGCUCUAGCGAACCGACGCAACGGCACCAUGAAGACCAGGUCCAUCCUCUCCGAAAUCCUUUACCAGUUGGCGCCCACCAAGAACAUCAGCGACUCCCUGAAGCAACUCGGCGCCCACGAGAACGACACCUCAGUCGUCGUUGUGUUGGUCGACGACCCCGAUGACAAACAUUGCGCCAAACUUCUAGAGUCCGCGCGUGGCGAACGGGCGCCCCUGGAAAAACUCUCCGCGCUGAGUGACCCGCAGGCUUUGAGGAAACUCUUCAAGAUCACCGAUAAAGAACUGGCCGUCGGGUCGCUAUUGGACGCCGUGGUCACGCGAAUGGCUGUCAAAGACACUAUAUGACCACUACGUGUUCGUCGAUCGUGUUUAUUUUUCGACAUCGCGUGCGAACAAAAACGAGAAAAAGUGGCACGCUUGACGAUUUUGUUCCACUUUGAAACUCGCGCUCUUGCAUAAUAGAUCAGAUCUACGUCA